AACAGAAUAAAUUAAUGUUUGAUAUACGUGUGAUCAUUUUCUUAAACUUAAUGAUCUGGAUCUGUCUUAUUCCAAGUCUACAUUCCUUGCUGAAGAUUUAUGAUGAUAUAAUGUCAACAAUCGAUAACUUACAAUCUACCCUGCCGCUUCUGAUAGCAAUAAUAAAGCUGUUCAUCAUUUGGCAAAAAAAAUAUGACGUCUUACCUCUAUUGAAUAUGAUCAAGGCUGAUUGGCUAAGACCAAAGCCAUUGAAAGAAAGGAACGUUAUGAUAAAGCAAGCGCGAAUUGCACGUAAUCUCACGAUUUUCGGUUAUUUUGUAAUACAACUAACUACUUUCAUCGUUUUAUUUCUUCCUAUUUUUGACAUUUCAAUAAGAUACAGAAAGAACAAAACGGACACGGACAAAUUAUUGCCACUGCAAUCGUAUUAUUUAUAUAAUGUAAAUAACAGUCCACUUUACGAGGUAACUUUUGUUCUACAAAGCAUUAGUUUGAUAGCAGCCGGCACAACAUACGGCAGUACGGAUACUUACAUGUGUUCGCUAGUCUUCCACGUAUGUGGUCAACUCGAAAAUCUCAAAGGACGUAUCCGCAAUUUGGAUAAAUGCACCAAUUUUGCGGACGCUCUGUCGACUAGUGUGAAGGAUCACACGCGUCUCAUCAGGUGCCAGCACUUUUCGUAACUUCGAGAAUAAUAAAUACCGGACAUUAUAAAAAUGAACAGAAUAUUGUUCGUUACACAAUAACAAAACUUGUAACAAUGACAAUAUGCUUUUUAAUAGCUUCAGUCAAUAUAUGUGUAGAUAGAUAAAAAAAUAAAAUCUGUGUUAUCUUAAAUAUACAUAUUAUUUCAUAAUUUAAUGUUAAUUAUGUAG